AACAACCAUGCCUGAACCGGCCAAGUCCGCGCCCAAGAAGGGCUCCAAGAAAGCCGUCACUAAGGCUGCCGGAAAAGGCAAAGGGAAGCGCAGAAAGACAAGGAAGGAGAGCUACGCCAUCUACGUGUACAAGGUCCUGAAGCAGGUCCACCCCGACACCGGCAUCUCGUCCAAGGCCAUGAGCAUCAUGAACUCCUUCGUCAACGACAUCUUCGAGCGCAUCGCCUCUGAGGCGUCUCGUCUGGCUCACUACAACAAGAGAUCCACCAUCUCUUCCAGGGAGAUCCAGACCGCCGUCCGCCUCCUGCUGCCGGGUGAGCUGGCCAAGCACGCCGUGUCUGAGGGCACCAAGGCCGUCACCAAGUACACCAGCUCCAAGUAAAAUGCUCCACGAAAGACUUUGUGGCGCCAACCAAACGGCUCUUUUAAGAGCCACCUAAAUCUACAAAAGAGUAAAUUGCCUUAAAUAACAACUGGAAUAUAACAAAAGUAUGAAUGAUUGCCAAUAUUGAUCCACUACCUUCAUAUUGCAGUUCAAACUACUUACUCCAUUAUUUUUAUUUGUACACCCCUAAUUAAUUCACAUACAUAUCGUUAUAAACACAAAUAAAACGUGUCACACUUA